CUAUUUAGUGUGAGGUUGAGCUCAGAUACCUCCCAUUCUCACGGAGGUUUUGCCUUAAUGCUGGAGGAGGCUCACAGAUCUCAGUCCGACUUCACAUCUCUAUCACUGAAGGACACUGUAACAGAUUAAUUAAUGAGCUGGUGACUGACUGUGUGUAAACAUGAAGAUCAGGCUGUGCUUGGCAGCCGCUGCUCUCUUAACUCUAUUACUGAAUUCAGUUGAGGCUCAAGUGGAGCCCCCAUCAGACUUAAAAUUUAAAAUCCUAAAUGAAAACACAGUGCAGAUGUCAUGGAAAAGACCGCCAUCUCAAAUACAAGGAUACAAAAUACAAGUAACAUCAGAAAAUGAUGAUUCAAAAGAUUUAAAUCUCCCUUCAUCGGCCACAAGCACAUCGAUCACGGAUCUAACUCCAGAUGUGGACUAUUCGGUGGCGAUCGUUUCAUAUUAUGGCUCAGAAGAAAGUAUUCCCAUUCUUGGCCAGAUCACUAUUCAAUCCAGUCCCACCAAUGAAACUAGGAAGCCGCAGUCAGAAGCAAUUAAGUGCUCUGUAAGUGCAGUCACAGAUCUGGUUUUCCUUGUGGAUGGCUCUUGGAGUGUGGGAAGAGAAAACUUUAAAUACAUCCGGAGUUUUAUUGGGGCCAUGGCAGGAGCCUUUGACAUUGGGGAAGAUAAGACCAGAGUGGCUGUGGUGCAGUACAGCUCAGACACCAGGACAGAGUUUAACCUGAACCAGCAUUUCCGAAGGCCAGACCUCUUACGAGCCAUCAAAAAUCUGCCCUACAAGGGUGGAAAUACCAUGACAGGUGAUGCAAUGGACUAUCUGGUGAAAAACACUUUCACUGAGGCAGCCGGAUCCAGGAAAGACUUUCCAAAAAUAGCCAUGAUUAUCACGGAUGGAAAGUCUCAAGACCCCGUAGCCGAGUAUGCCGAACGUCUGAGAAACAACGGAGUAGAGAUCUUUGUCCUGGGUAUCAAAGGAGCCGAUGAGGAUGAGUUAAGGGAGAUAGCCUCUACUCCUCACAGCAAGCAUGUCUACAACGUUCCAAACUUUGACGUGAUCGAUUCGGUGCAGAAAAAGCUUAUCAAUGAGGUGUGCUCUGGUGUGGAGGAGCAGCUAAAUUCCCUAGUAAGCGGAGAAGUUGUUGAACCAGCUUCAAACCUUAAAGUAACGGACAUCUCCUCCAAAUCCAUGAGGAUUACGUGGGAUGCAUCUCGUGGAGACGUCACAGGCUAUAAGCUGCAAAUGAUCCCCACGGUCGCUGGUGCCAAGAGGCAGGAGCUGUACAUGGGACCCACGAUGACUUUGGCCAAUGUCAGAGACCUUACCCCUGAGACAGUGUAUGAGAUCAAUCUGUUUGCCCUCAAGGGUCUGACCCCAAGCGAGCCAAAAACUACCACGGAAAAGACUCAACCUGUAAAAAUAUCUACAGAGUGUUCCCUUGAAGUGGAGGUUCAAGCUGAUAUCGUUCUUCUGGUAGAUGGCUCCUACAGCAUAGGACUGCCUAAUUUCGCUAAAGUUAGAGCCUUCCUUGAAGUGCUGGUCAGCUCCUUUGACAUCGGAGCCAAUAAAGUGCAGAUCAGCUUGGUUCAGUACAGCAGGGAUCCUUACACGGAGUUUGCCUUGAACAAGCACCACGACAUUGAUACGGUGGUCAAGGCAGUUCGCACCUUCCCCUACCGUGGAGGAUCCACCAACACCGGUAAGGCCAUGACCUACGUGAGGGAAAAGAUCUUCGCUUCCGGCCGCGGGGCCCGCGAUAACGUUCCACGGGUCAUGGUUCUCAUCACGGAUGGAAAGUCCUCCGACUCUUUUAAAGAUCCAGCCAAUAAACUAAGGAAUGCAGACGUGGAGAUUUUUGCUGUGGGAGUCAAAGAUGCGGUUCGCAGUGAGCUGGAGGCGAUUGCCAAUGCUCCUGCUGAUAGCCAUGUGUUCGAGGUGGAAGACUUUGAUGCUUUUGAGCGGAUCUCCAAGGAACUGACCACAUCCAUCUGUUUAAGAAUUGAGCAGGAACUCCAUAAUAUCAAGAAAAGAAGUUUGAUUCCACCAAGGUCUCUGAGCUUCUCAGAGGUGACCUCCAGGAGCUUCAGGACCUCAUGGAUUUCUGAAGGAGAAGAUGUCAUGUCUUUCCUGGUCCGUUUCAGGCCGGCGGUUGAUAUAACGGGAGACUAUAUCUCAAUGAUGGUUAAUUAUGACACCAACUCAGUCAUUUUACCCAAUCUCACUCCCCUAACUACUUACGAGGUUAACGUCAUUGCCCAGUAUGACAAAGGAGACAGCUUUCCUUUGACGGGAGAGGAGACGACUUUAGAAGAGGCAGGCCCCGUCCGUAACCUUAGGGUGAGUGAGGAAACGGUGGACAGCUUCCGUGUGUCUUGGACAGCCGCUCCUGGAAUGGUGAAGAAGUACAGACUGUUUUAUGAGCCUGUGGGUGGUGGAGAUAGAUUGGAAGCAGAGACCGAUGGGAGAGAGGUCACGAUUGUGCUUCACAGGCUGCUACCCGUCACCACCUACCGUGUCACCGUGUAUCCUGAGUAUGACAGUGGAAGGGGACCUUCGAUGGACACUGAGGGCACCACCAAAGAAGUUCGGGGCUCUCCACGUGACCUGAGGGUCUUCAAUGAAACAGUGUCCAGCAUGAGGGUCUCGUGGCGACCAGCUCCGGGAAAUGUGCUCCAGUACAAUGUGGCCUACAAACCUGAUGGUGGGGAGAGGAAAGAAAUAAGUGUGAAAGGUGACUCAACUACUGCUUUGCUGAAAAAUCUGCAGCCGGACACGGAAUAUGAGCUGUUUGUUAGUGCCCGUUACGCUUCUGGGCUCGGAGAUCCGCUCAUGGGAACAGGCACCACUCUGGAAGAGCUUGGAUCUCCUUCGAAUCUGGUUACUUCAGAUGUGACCGAGAACAGUUUUGUAGCUUCCUGGACUGCGGCCCCUGGCAAUGUGCGCCUUUAUCGGGUCACCUGGAAAUCUCUCUUUUCAGAGGAAUCUGGAGAGAAAACCGUCCCCGGGGGUAUCACCAGCACUGUUCUGGAUGGGCUGACACCGGAAACCCGCUACAAGGUUUCUGUCUAUGCUGCCUACACCCGGGAGGAGGGGAAACCACUGCAUGGAGAAGAGACCACAGAUGUGUCAGCUGCUGGCAAAGUUCUUACGGUAACAGAAGAAACAGAGAAGACCAUGAGGGUGACAUGGCAACCGGCCCCCGGCAAUGUUGUCAAUUAUAGGGUGAUGUAUAAACCUCAGGGAGAGGUGCGUCAGAUCGCCUCCAAAGCACCAGGGGGCACCACCACUUUAGUCUUGAGGCGGCUGCAGCCAUUGACCACUUAUGACAUCACUGUUAUCCCCGUCUACAAGUUUGGAGAUGGAAGAUCAAGACAAGGAGAAGGAACCACAUUGUCUUUAUUCAAAGCUCCUCGAAAUCUCCAAACUUCAGAGCCCUCUAAGACCAGUUUUAGGGUUACGUGGGACCCAGCCCCUGGAGAUGUGAAGGGGUACAAGGUCACUUUCCAUCCCACUGAGGAUGACGUAGACCUGGGAGAGCUUCUAGUCGGCCCCUAUGACAACACUGUUGUUCUGGAGGAAUUAAGGGCCGGCACUAAGUACUCAGUGAGUGUUUUUGGCAUGUUUGAGGGAGGUGAGAGUAUGCCUUUGGCUGGAGAGGAGAAGACCACCCUCUCUGAUGCCCCUGACCCUCCAUUUGAAACCCCAGAAAUAAAGUGCAAAACUUCAGCUCAGGCUGAUAUUGUCCUGCUUGUGGAUGGAUCUUGGAGCAUUGGACGUCUAAACUUUAAGACCAUAAGGUCUUUCAUCGCACGCAUGGUGGGUGUGUUUGACAUCGGCCCGGAUCGAGUCCAGAUCGGUCUAGCGCAAUACAGUGGAGACCCAAAGACAGAAUGGCAUCUAAAUGCUCACCGAACCAGAGCACAACUGCUGGACGCUGUGGCCAGUCUGCCCUACAAAGGAGGAAACACUUUGACUGGCCUUGCGUUGAAAUACAUCCUUGCGAACAAUUUUAAACCCAAUGUUGGUAUGCGUCCAAACUCACGCAAGAUCGGCGUCCUUGUCACCGACGGCAAGUCACAGGACGACAUCGCGGUGAGCUCUCAGAGUCUUCGGGAUCAGGGCAUUGAGUUGUACGCCAUCGGUGUGAAGAACGCAGAUGAAGGCGAGCUGAGGACCAUCGCUUCUGAUCCUGAUGACAUUCACAUGUACAACGUGGGUGAUUUUUCCUUCCUGUUAGACAUUGUGGACGACCUGACGAACAACCUGUGUAACAGUGUCAAAGGUCCAGGAGGGCCGGAGCCACCCACUGAUCUAAGGACCUCAGAAGUGACCCAUUACUCUUUCCGUGUUACCUGGGUCGGCCCUGACGGUCCCGUAGAAAAGUACAAAAUCGAGUAUGUGAGCACCGCGGGAGGAGAACCUCGGCAGUUGUUUGUUGAUGGGACGGUGACCACCAAGGUCCUGGAAAAUCUCACUCCACUGACAGAGUACAUCGUGAAGGUUUACUCCGUGGUCGGAGAGGACAGCAGUGAUCCUCUCAAGGGCUCAGAUACCACAUUGCCUCUCACUGUACCUGCUGUGAGGAACAUGAAUAUCUACAAAGUGCGCUCCACCACAAUGAAUGUGAGAUGGGACGCGGCCGAGGGCGCCACAGGCUACAUGAUUCGAUACCGCACCUUGAACUCCACUGAACCCUCUGUGGAAAAGGAGAUGCGUGUGAAAAAACAGAUCACUGACGUCCAGCUGAAGAAUCUUCAUCCCAACACGGCCUACUCCGUCUCCGUCACUGCCCUCCACGGCAAAACCCCCAGUGGCCCUCUGACUGAUCAGGGGGUGACCCUGCCUAUUCCCCCAUCCGGUGAGUUAAGGAUCACAGACGUUACCCACAGCAGUAUGCUGCUAGACUGGGAUGCCGCACACGGUGCCGUUCGUAAAUACAUCAUUACUUACAAGGCAGAGGAAGGAGAGCCCAAAGAGCUUGAAGUUGACGGUGAUGUGACGACUAGAGUACUGGAUAAUCUUAUUUCCCAAACCGAAUAUGAUGUGGCUGUGACUCCAGUGUACGAUUCUGCGUCCGGAAACCCAAUGAUUAACCAAGCAAUUACUGAUGUUGUACCCGCUCCAAAGAACUUGAGGUUCUCUGAAGUGACUCAGACCAGUUUCAGGGUUCACUGGGAGCACGGCGCUCCUGAUGUCGCCCUGUACCGCAUCGGUUGGAGUAAGAGUGGAGAGAACAACUUCCAAUAUGACAUCUUGAGCAAUGAGCUUACCACCACCGUCCUGGAGGACCUCGAAAUCGACACCUUGUAUGAUGUAUCUGUCACUGCCAUUUAUCCAGAUGAGUCUGAGAGUGAAGAUCUUCUGGGCAGCCAGCGCACAUUGUCCAGGAUAAUAACACCUGCUCCCAGUGGUCCUCCUCAAAACCUCCAGGUGUUUAACGCGACCACAACCUCUCUCACCGCCAAAUGGGAUCACGCACCUGGGCGAGUCCUGAACUACAGGAUCAGCUACGUCCCAGUCGCAGGAGGCAGAACGCUGACGACACAAGUUGGAGGGAAGAAGAACACGGUCGUCCUACAGAAAUUGACGCCCGACACACCUUACUCCAUCACUGUAGCUGCAGUCUAUGCAAACGGAGAGGCCAAAGACAUAACUGGUGAAGGAAAGACACUGCCGCUGGGCAGUGUGAGAAAUCUCCAGGUCACUGACCCCACUGUCAGUACUCUGAAUGUACGCUGGGAGCCGGCCGAGGGGAGCGUGAGGCAGUACAGGAUUUACUACCAGCCUGUCAGAGGAGGCGCGGAGGACAUGGUCCAGGUGCCUGGUUCAAGCAUCACUACAGUUUUGAAAAACCUGCAGUCGGACACCGAGUACACGGUUACAGUUGUGCCAGUAUACGCAGCCGGGGAGGGCAAGCGUCUGUCUGAGAACGGAAAAACCUUGGUGCGGACCCCUGCCAGGAACAUCCAGGUUUAUAACCCCACCACAAACACCCUGAAUGUACGCUGGGAGCCGGCGUCUGGAGAUGUCCAGCAGUACCGCGUCGUCUACUCCCCUCUGACUGGAGUCCGACCCCCUCAAUCUGUUCUGGUUCCAGGAAACACUAACACAGCCCUACUGGAGCAGCUGGUUCCAGAGACCGACUACUCUGUUGGUGUGGUGGCCUUGUAUGCUGAUGGAGAAGGACCUUCAGUGGCUGAUAAUGGAAAAACACUUCCUCUCGGUGGUCCCAGGAACAUGCGUGUAUAUGAUCCGACCACCAGCACGCUGUCUGUGACCUGGGAGCACGCAACAGGUCCAGUGCUACAGUAUCGCAUCAGUUACGCACCAACCACUGGAGAUCCCAUUGAGGAAUUUACAAGCGUCCCUGGCAACAGAAACUCGGUCAUCCUACAAAACCUGCAGCCAAACACUCCAUACAACAUCAAUGUGGAAGCCAUUUAUCAGUCGGGUCCUGGAGGAAGGCUCUCUGGAGAUGGACAUACAUUGGGUCUCCUGGAGCCUCGUAACCUGCGUGUUUCGGACGAAUGGUACACUCGUUUCCGUGUCUCCUGGGACGCUGCUCCUGCACGGGUCAAUGGAUAUAAGCUGGUCUACACACCAGAGGGCACAGUUGACACCCAGGAAGUGUUUGUUGGAGACACGACCACACAUAACCUGCUCAACCUUCAGCCCGGCACCACCUAUGACCUAAAGGUUUAUGCCCAGUAUGAUGCGGGCGUGAGCGGUGCUCUCACUGGACAGGGAACCACUCUGUAUCUCAAUGUGACGGAUCUCAGCACAUACAAUGUGGGUUAUGACUCAUUCUGCCUUCGAUGGACUCCUCAUCGGGCCGCCACCUCCUACAGGCUGAAAGUCAAUCCUUUUGUUCCAUCUAACCGUGGUGCUCAGGAGGUCACCAUCACCGCAUCUGAGAGCCAGUACUGUUUCGAUGGGCUGACACCAGACGCCUUGUACAAUGCCACGGUCUACACCCAAACCCCCAACCAGGAGGGACCCGGGGUCAGCGUGAAGGAACGCACAUUGGUAAAGCCAACCGUAGCCCCAACAACACCCCCACCACCUCCACCACCUCCAACCAUCCCUGGUGCACUCGAUGUGUGCAGAGGAGCCAAAGCUGACCUGGUGUUCCUGAUCGACGGCUCGUGGAGCAUCGGAGACGAGAGCUUCGCUAAAGUCCGUCAGUUCGUCUUCAGCAUGAUCGGAGCAUUUGAUGUCAUCAGUAGGGAUGGCAUGCAGGUGUCUUUCGUACAAUACAGCGAUGAUGCCAAAACCGAGUUCAAGCUAAACACCUACCACGACAAGGGAAAGGUCCUGUCUGCUCUGCAGAUGGUCAGCUACAGAGGAGGAAACACCAAAACAGGUGCUGCGCUGAAGCAUGUUGGAGAAAAGGUGUUUACCACAGAGAGCGGUAUGAGGAGGAACGUUCCAAAGGUCCUGGUUGCGGUUACAGAUGGACGAUCUCAGGAUGACGUGAAGAAGCCUGCUAUUAAACUCCAGCAUGCAGGCUACAGUGUGUUUGUGGUGGGCGUCGCUGAUGUGGACAUGGCAGAACUGAGGAAUAUUGGAAGCAAGCCCAGCGAGAGACACGUCUUUGUUGUGGAUGACUUUGAUGCAUUCGCUAAGAUCCAAGACAACCUCAUUACGUUCAUCUGUGAAACGGCAACAUCCACGUGUCCUUUGAUUUACCUUGAUGGAUUCACAUCACCAGGCUUCAGGAUGUUGGAAGCGUUUAACAUCACCGACAGGACUUUUGCUGGCAUGAACGGUGUCUCCAUGGAACCUGGGUCCUUCAACAGUUACAUUGCAUACAGACUCCAUAAGGAUGCAUUCAUUUCCCAGCCCACAAAGGAAAUUCAUCCAGAUGGUCUUCCUCCAUCCUACACCCUCAUCCUCCUCUUCCGCCUUCUCCCGGAUACGGGCAAGGAUGCCUUCGACAUAUGGCAGAUAGCCGAUAAGAAUAACAAUCCAGAAGUGGGACUCACUGUUGACCCCUCCAGCAGGACUAUCUCUUUCUACAACAAGGACACCAGAGGUGAAAUCCAGAAAGUCUCCUUUGAUAACGACCACGUAAAGAAAAUCUUCCAUGGCAGUUUUCACAAGCUUCACAUCUCCAUUUCACCGAAAAAUGUCAAACUGAACAUCGACUGUCUGGAAGUGGCGGAGAAACCGAUCAAUGCCGCCAACAACGUCUCCACAGAUGGCUUUGAAGUUCUUGGCAAAGUGGCAAAGUCUGGUGGUGCAAAGAAAGAGUCGGCCACAUUCCAGCUCCAGAUGUUUGAUAUUGUCUGCAGUUUGGGCUGGACAAGUCGAGACAAAUGUUGUGAUAUUCCAGCAAUGCGAGAUGAAGCCAAAUGUCCUGCUCUUCCUCACUCCUGCACAUGUGCUCAAGACAGCAUCGGCCCUCAGGGUCCAGCGGGUCCUCAGGGCAGCCCAGGUACAAGAGGUUCACGAGGUGAGAGAGGAGAGCCAGGUUCAUCGGGUCCAAUGGGACCACGUGGGGAACAGGGUCCACCAGGCUCAAUGGGACCACCAGGUCCACAGGGCCCCAAUGGAUUGUCUAUUCCCGGUGAACCAGGACGGCCUGGACCUAAGGGAGACCCUGGUGACGCAGGUCUACCUGGACAGAGAGGUCCCGUUGGUGCUCCGGGUCCUCUGGGCCCUGUUGGACCUUCCGGAGGACGGGGACCACCAGGGAAUGAAGGACCCUCUGGACCAAGAGGUCCACCAGGACCAAUGGGACCACCAGGAUCACCUGGAAUGCCAGGAAACACCGGACAACAAGGAAAAAUGGGAGACACCGGCCUCCAAGGACCUGUGGGCCCGAAAGGGGAGAAGGGUGAACGGGGAGAUACUGCAUCCCAGAAUAUGAUGCGCACCGUUGCAAGACAAGUGUGUGAACAGCUAGUCAGCAGACAAAUGAGCAGAAUCGAUAUGAUGGUGAACCAGAUCCCCAGUAACUACAGAAGCAACAGUCCCGGUCCUUCUGGCCCUCCAGGCCCUCCUGGCAAUCAGGGUCCCCACGGAGAACCAGGUCAGCCUGGACCCAAUGGUUUCCCAGGAAACCCAGGCUUGCCAGGAUCUCCAGGAGAAAGAGGAUUGCCCGGAGAGAAGGGUGAAAGAGGAAGUCCAGGUGUUGGCGUUCGAGGACAGAGAGGACCAGCUGGACCACCUGGUCCACAAGGGCAAUCUCAUACAGGACCACCAGGUCCCACAGGUUCGUCCGGGCCCAGUGGCCCACCAGGGCGUCAGGGUUCUCCUGGUGUCAGAGGACCUCCUGGACCUCCAGGAUACUGUGAUUCUUCUCAGUGUGUAGGAAUCCCGUACAACGGACAAGGAUAUCAAGGCCCUUACCAGCCGGACCCCGAAACCUACGUAGUCCCCAUACCGGCCGAACCCUCAGAAGAUAUUGAGACGCAGUCACCGGGUUUAAGAAACCAGCGUGGAAAAAGAUCGCUAUCAAGACAGGAAGCCAAAAGAAUAAAAACAUAAAGCCAACGCUACUGAAUUGUUCAGUCGUAUCUUCUGUAACGUCAAAAAACUGCAUUUUAAUCUAGAUCGAGCUUUGUUCGUAUGCACAUUUAACACGCUGAAGUGGAAAUAAGGCCGAUGUUCAACCCUGGCUUCCUUGGAAGAAACCUGUGUGCUAAUGCUAACGGUUCCAAAAUGUGUCUUUGCUUGUAACAUAACUGCGUUUUGUUUUUGUAAGAAAUGUUUUUUUUUUUUUUUUGUUUAGUAGCCCAGCCGGAGAACCUGUACUCAAUGUAAAAACUACGAAUUAUAAACACUAUGAACUGAUUCCUUGCACAAGUUUGAAAGAUUGUAAACAUGUUUGUUGCAGUGCAAUUUUAUGUCUUUUUCCCUCAAUGAAAAUGGCAAAUGGGUCAAAUUCCCUUCGUUCUUGUUAGACAUGGCUUUUGUUUUGUUAUCUUAAACUGAAUAUUUAUCUGUAGUAUACCAAUUCGCGCCAAAGGAGGAAUUGCAUGCCUGUGUUGUAUAUUUAGUAAAGACGUUUACAAUCAGAAUAUAGUUGUUUUCCAACACUAUCGGUCUCGAAUGGAAACUUGGAAUUUGUUGCAAGACUAUAGACAUAGAAUUGUUUCUCUUUCAUGUCAGAAUUGCACAUGUGAAUUCCAUAGCCUUAUUUUCUUAUUUAUUUCUGAAUCAGAAGAGGCAUUUUUCAAUAAAACUACUGAAAAUGUU